AUGGUUAUGGGGAAGUGCUUUCUGGCAGUUGCGUUUUUAGCUUUGGUGGUGGGGUUUGUGGGCAGCCGGGAGUUGGGGCAAAAUGGUAAAAUCGUGGAAGGACGGUUGGUUCUCGAUGAGAACCAUUUUGAUAGGCCGGACUGCGUGGGAAAAGGCGGAGGCGGAGGUCACGGCGUGGGGUCGAGUGGUGGAAAGAAGCAUUAUAAUAAGAAGGGGAAAAAGCAUGAAGGUGGAGGAAUCGGAAAAGGUAUUGGCGGUGGUGGUGGAGGAGGAAUUGGGAAAGGAGGUGGCGGUGGCGGCGGAAUCGGAGGUGGUGUUGGUGGAGGAAUAGGGAAAGGAGGUGGAGGCAUUGGUGGUGGAAUUGGUGGAGGAAUAGGGAAAGGCGGUGGAGGCAUUGGUGGUGGAGGUGGAAUUGGUGGAGGGGUCGGUGGUGGCUAUCAUGUCAUGUUUGAUCGGGUUCGAAACCAACAUCCUUAA